UCUGCCGCCAGCGUCCCAGCUCCUCCCACAUCUGAGUUUUCAUUUCCUGCUCCCUCUGCAGCCCCGCCCAGGCCAACCUACCCGCGAUUAGGACGCGUUCGCUUUCGUUCACGCUUUCCAAUACUCGGGACUGGGGAAACCCGGAGAAUAGAAGGAGGCAAGGACCGCCGUUGGCAGCGAGGUAUCCCCACCGCAGCCAAUCGGCUUCCGAAGUAGGUGAGUUGCUGUCUAAGGAGAAGGACAAACUCCAAUAUCUUUCAGUCCAUCAGCCAGACGCGCCAUUCCCCAGACAACCUUAAAAGGCUGGCGAUUCAAACCCCUGGCCCCACCUGCUCCGUUUCCCGCCCAGCUGGAGCUCUGGAGUCUUUGCUUCCUCAAAUGCGAGCGGGACCUGCACAGAGCGCUGGAUUCCAGGCCCAGGGCUGGCGAGGCGCGCAGUGAGAGAGCACACAGGGCGCUGGGGUGCUCCGCGGGGCACGGGCCCGGCCGCGGCGGGCUCGAGUCCCGACUGGGAGGGAAAGGAGCUGGGUGCCCGGAAGUCAUCCAUCUGACAGCGUCAUCCAUCUGGGGAGCCGGGAGGACACAGGUUUUAUUUUGGUGGUGCUUAUUUCAGCUGAACCAUCCAUUCAUCUUCAAGCCAUCAUGAGCUGUAAGAAGCAGAGGUCACAGAAGCACUCAGUCAAUGAAAAAUGUAAUAUGAAAAUCGAUCACUAUUUUUCUCCGGUCUCUAAAAAGCAACAGAAUAAUUCCAGUACUUCUCAAAUGAGGAUGGAGUCUAGAGGAGGCCCAAGAGACAUAACUAAUACCCAGGCUCAAGAAUUCCAUUCACUUAAGAAAAAUCCAGAAGACCAGACCAUGCCCAAAAAUAGGAUAAUACUUGUUACCUUGGAUGUAAACUACAGGAAAAACCAAAAUAUGAAACAUGAGCUCACACAUAGUGAGAAUGGUAGCUUAUAUAUGGCUCUCAACACUCUCCAGGCUCUCAGAAAAGAGAUAGAAACUCACCAAGGCCAAGAAAUGCUUGUGCGUGGCACAGAAGGAAUCGAAGGGUACAUAAACCUGGGAAUGCCCCUCAGUUGUUUCCCUGAAAGCUGCCAUGUGGUCAUUACGUUUUCCCAAAGUAAAAGUAAGCAGAAGGAAGAUAACCAUGUAUUUGGCCGGCAUGACAAAGCAUCGACUGAAUGUGUCAAAUUUUACAUUCAUGCAAUUGGAAUUGGGAAGUACAAAAGAAGGAUUGUUAAAUGUGGGAAGCUUCACAAAAAGGGGUGCAAACUCUGUGUUUAUGCUUUCAAAGGAGAAACCAUCAAGGACGCUCUGUGCAAGGAUGGCAGAUUUCUUUCCUUUCUGGAGAAUGAUGAUUGGAAACUCAUUGAAAACAAUGACUCCAUUUUAGAAAGCACCCAGCCAGUCGAUGAAUUAGAAGGCAAACACUUUCAGGUUGAGGUUGAGAAAAGAAUGGUCCCCAGUGCGGCAGCUUCUCGGAAUCCUGAGUCAGAGAAAAGAAACACCUGUGUGUUGAGAGAACAAAUCGUGGCUCAGUACCCCAGUUUGAAAAGAGAAAGUGAAAAAAUCAAGGAAAACUUCAAGAAAAAAAUGAAAGUAAAAAAUGGGGAAACAUUAUUUAAAUUGCAUAAACUAAACUUUGGGAAAGUAACAAAAAACUCUUCUUCGGUUAAAGUAGUGAAACUUCUUGCACAUCGCAGUGACUCAGUUGGGUACUUAUUCUGGGACAGUGCAACUACGGGUUGCGCCACCUGCUUUGUUUUUAAAGGAUUGUUCAUUUUAACUUGUCACCAUGUAAUAGGUGACAUUGUGGGAGACGGAAUAGAGCCAAGUAAGUGGGCAGCCAUAAUUGGUCAAUGUGUAAGGGUGACAUUUGGUUAUGAAGAGCCAGAAGGAAAGGAAACAAACUACUUUUUCGUUGAACCUUGGUUUGAGAUACAUAAUGAAAAGCUUGACUAUGCUGUCCUGAAACUGAAGGAAAAUGGACAACAAGUACCUAUGGAGCUAUAUAAUGGAAUUACUCCUGUGCCACUUAGUGGGUUGAUACAUAUUAUUGGCCAUCCACAUGGAGAAAAAAAGCAUAUUGAUGCUUGUGCUGUGAUCCCCCAGGGUCAGCGAGCAAAGAAAUGUCAGGAACGUGUUCAGUCUAAAGAAGCAGAAAGUCCAGAGUAUGUCCAUAUGUAUACUCAAAGAAGUUUCCAGGGAAUAGUUCACAACCCUGAUGUGAUUACCUAUGACACUGAGUUUUUCUUCGGGGCUUCCGGCUCCCCUGUGUUUGAUUCAAAAGGUUCAUUGGUGGCCAUGCAUGCUGCUGGCUUUCAUUAUAACUACCAAAAUGAGAAUCGUAGUAUCAUUGAGUUUGGCCCUACUAUGGAAUCCAUCCUCCUUGAUAUUAAGCAAAGACAUAAGCCAUGGUAUGAAGAAGUAUUUGUAAGUCAGCAGGAUGUAGAAAUGAUAAGUAGUGAGGACUUGUGAGAAUUCAGUCUGUUAGAUUUAAGGGAAUGGCUUAUGGAGUUAUUUCAUAGACAUUGAUAAUAGUUUUCUAAAUUCCAAAACGGUCAUCUUAUCAAUAAUAAUAAUGACCAUUUUCUAUCUGCCAGGCAUUUUUCUAAGCACAUGAAGAAAUUAGUCCUAAAAACACUCUGAGAUGGACUAUAACCUGCCCAGUUUUUUGUUUGUUUCUUUGUUUGUUUUGUUUUGUUUGAGACUGAGUCUCACUCUGUCGCCCAGGCUGGAGUGCAGUGGUGCAAUGUCAGCUCACUGCAACUUCCACCUCCCAGGUUCAAGCGAUUCUUACACCUCAGCCUCCUGAGUAGCUGAGAUUACAGGCAAACGCCACCACACUCAGCUUUUUUUUUUUUUUUUUUUUUUUUUUUUUUUUUGCAUUUUUAGUAGAGACAGUUUCACCAUGUUGGUCAGGCUGGUCUCGAACUCCUGACCUCGUGAUCUGCCUGCCUCAGACUUCCAAAGUGCUGGGAUUACAGGUGUGAGCCCCACGCCUGGCCAACUUGCCCUAUUUUAAAGUCAAGCAAUGUGAAGAAUAACAAGAUUAAAUAAUAAUCAGUUUCAUGACACUAAAAGUCUUAUAAUCAUUGGGUUUUUUCAUCUUUCAUAUCUUUGCCUAAAUUCAUUUGCUACAGUGCAGGAACCAGAACUUGUUCAUCUCAUGAUUCCCUACAUCUAACAUAAGGAAAGUAAGUGCUCAGAAAAAUGUGCAGGUCAAUCAGUUGCAAAAGUUGGGGGUGCGGUUAAUGCUUACGUAAGAGCUAAAUGCUUGAUUAGAAAUGAUCUCAAAACCUUUUAGAAUUUCCAAAAUCCUCAUAUUGCUGAAACUGUCAGAAUAUAUGGGUCCCGAAAUUCAGAUGAUAGUCACUCUUCCCAUAUUUAUAGGCUAUUGAGGCAAGAGAUAUCUUAAACAUCAUAUUACUUUAUUUAGAUUUCUACUAUUUCAAUUAUUAAUGUUAUGUUUUUCUCAUUGUUUUACUUCUUCAUGGUAUUUGAAGACUGUAUAGAUGAUUGAACUAAGCCUGCAAAUCUCCCUCAUUUGGAAUUCCACUGGACCCAAUCUGUUUUCCUUUGCCAUUGCAAUGCUACUAAAGCCAUACAAUAUCAAGCACCCUCCCUCUAGGCCCAGGGGCUAUAACAGAAGGUGGGCAUGUAGGAUUUUAAGGGCUGGUUUCAAGGGGUGGAGUGUAGGAAAACAGCCUGUUGCGUUGCAAGAGUGAUGUCAUCUUGAAGUGCAGCUGGCACGAUGACUGCUAUUUGACUCCUGCAUACCAAGAUAGUCUGCAGCAAUGUCUUUAAACAAUGCUAAUAGUGCAGAUAACCCCUCAUAAAGAUGCUUAUCUAACCUCCCCAGUGGUCAGGUGUUUCACAAGAAAGUCUGAGAUAUGACCAGCUACACAUGUUUUGCCAAAAAUGCGUGCUAUGUAAAGGGUACUUUUGGGAGGGUGAGUGCCGCCAUUUAGUGGCUGCUAGAAACAUUGCUUCUGGAAUUUGUAAGUUCCUAUUAAAUGUUUCUUUCUGAGAAA